UUCCCCUCGCAAAAGCAAAAAGCAUGUAAAGCUGUCACAGCACAGGAAUAUCAAAGCCUAAAAAGAAAAUUUUAUAAAAAAGGAAGAAGAAUUUUAUAAAUCCAAACAUAAAAAGCUGAACCCUUCCAUAGAGAGAGAGAGAGAUCGAUCCAAAAACCAAAACCCAAGAAAACAAAAGCAAAAGCUAUGAUCAAAGGAAGCAAUGGAAACAGAGGAUCUUCUUCUUCUGGUUACUCUGCAGAUUUGUUGGUUUGUUUCCCUUCAAGAGCCCACCUAGCUCUUACUCCUAAGCCCAUUUGUAGCCCAUCUCGUCCUUCCGACUCCUCCUCCACUAAUCGUCGUCCCCAGCACCGUCGCCAGCUAAGUAAACUCUCCGGCGGCGGUGGAGGAGGACACGGGAGUCCUGCUUUGUGGGCUAAACAAGCGAGCAGUAAGAAUAUGGGUGGUGACGAAAUAGCUGAACCUACAUCGCCUAAAGUAACUUGCGCCGGUCAGAUCAAAGUCCGGCCGAGCAAAUGCGGUGGAGGAAGAGGAAAGAAUUGGCAAUCGGUGAUGGAAGAGAUAGAGAGGAUACAUGAUAAUAGAGCCCGAAGCAAGUUUUUUGGAUUGAAGAAAGAUGUGAUGGGUUUCUUGACUUGUCUCACAAACAUCAGAUUCGAUUUCAGGUGUUUUGGUGAUUUCCGACAUGCUGAUGUCACAAGCGACGAUGAAGAAGAAGACGACGAUGAUGAGGAGGAAGAAGGAGAAGGAGAAGAAGAAGAAGAAAACUCAAAGACAGUUUUCUCCAAAUGGUUUAUGGUUUUACAAGAGGAACAGAGCAGCAACGACGACGACAAGAACAACGAUAACAAAAAGUGUGGCGUCGUAGAUGGUGACGAAAAACACGACCUUGAAGACUUAGACGCAGAACCGGCGGUUCCGCCGCCAAACGCGCUUUUGCUGAUGCGGUGUAGAUCAGCUCCUGCGAAGAGUUGGUUAGAAGAGAGAAUGAAAGUAAAAACAGAACCAGAUAACAGAGAAGAAAAAGAAAAAGAAGAUGAAGAAACAGAGGAUCAAGAAACGGGUAUGAAGAAGACGAAGAAGGAUUUGAGAUCACUAAUGGAGGAAGAAAAGAUGGAACUAGUGUUGAUGAGAUAUGAUACUGAGUUUUACAGACUCUCUUCAGACAUCGCCAAGGAAACUUGGGUUGUCGGCGGAAUUCAAGAUCCUCUGUCUCGGAGUCGAAGCUGGAAAAGCUGAACUCUUACGAAUCCAUCGUUACUCAUCAUUAUUAAUCAUCGUAUUUUAAAUUCUAAUUAACCGUUUUUACUCUACCAACAUUUUCAUUAUCUGUUAAUUAGUUUUGAUACUCGUUUCUUUUUUUGGUUUUAUUUUUUGGUUUUUUUGAGUUUCGAUGGUUCCUCUGUUUUGUAUCUCAAAGGUUUGUUUUUUUCUUUUUCACCUUCUUUGUUUGGUGUGUUUCAUGACAACGUUGUAAUGUAAUGCAAAUAUGUACAGACUUUAUAUAUUACACGAAGUUGCUUAA